GAGUACGCGAAGCGCCCUGGCGACGACGAUGGCAGCCUAAUCGCGCGAGCACACGGAAUGGGGAGAGGAGGAUGGCGUCGCUUCUCCUUCUCUCCCACGAACAUCAGCAGCAGGCAGCAGCCCUCUGGUGCGAGAAUAGAUAUGUUGAUAGCAGGUUGUUUGGGUGUGAGUGUGGACCGUCUGCGCCUCUGGUAGCAACACCUGUGCGUCCACUGAUCGUCGGCCCUGGGACCUUCUCGGGGAACAGGUCGCGAUGUUCAAACUGGGCAGCAAGAAGGACCUCAACACCGAGUACAAAUGCACCAUUCGGCUGCUCGACGACACCGAAGUGCUGCAGUGUGAUUUUCAGCAUCUCUGCAAAGGCCAGUACAUAUUGGACUAUGUCUGCAAUGCUCUCAACCUCUUGGAGAAGGACUACUUUGGCCUCAGAUAUGUCGAUAGUCACAAGCAGCGGCAUUGGCUGGACAUCACGAAACCCAUCAUGAAGCAAGUGAAAGGCAUGAAUCCGUUGGUCUUCUGCUUUCGUGUCAAGUUUUACCCACAGGACCCAUUCCGUCUCAAGGAAGAAAUUACAAGGUAUCAGAUGUUUCUUCAGCUGAGACGGGACCUCCUGCACGGGCGUCUGUACUGCUCCCAAAACGACGCAGCCAUGCUCGCCGCCUUGGUUAUUCAGUCGGAGCUCGGAGACUACGAUGCCGAAGAGCACACGGGCAACUACGUGGCGGAGUUCAAGCUCCUCUUGAAGCAGACGCCUCGUAUAGAGGAGAAGAUUGCGGAGAUCCAUCAGCAACAGUUGAGGGGCCAAGUUCCGGCCGUGGCCGAGACCAACUUCCUGCGCAAGGCCUGCCUUUUGGAGACCUACGGCGUUGACCCUCAUCCCGUCAAGGACCAUAAGGGGAACCAACUGUACCUCGGCAUCAACCAUGCGGGCAUCCUGACGUUUCAGGGAAGCCGCAAAACGCACCACUUCAAAUGGCCAGACAUCCAGAAGAUCAACUACGAAGGGAAGAUGUUCAUCCUCCACCUGAUGUUUCCCGAGGACAUCAAAGCCAAGAAAAAGCACCUCAUGGGCUUCAAGUGUCCGACCCAGACCGCCUGCCACCACCUCUGGCGAUGCGCCGUGGAGCAGCGCUACUUUUUCACUGUGCCCUCUUCCAGCGAGGUUCCGUCGGUCACCACAGGGGGCGGACUCUUUUCACGGGGGUCCCGGUUUCGAUACAGUGGACGUGUGGAGCGAGAGGUGAUGGACGACAUGAAGAACAUCCGCCGCGAUCCGCCGCAGUUCCAGCGGACGCUGACGCGGCCGCCUUCCUUCCGCUGCAAGACGACCGCCUCCAUCGCGGCUCCUUCCCUCUCCCCGUCGCGCGCUGCGACAGAGGACUCUCCCUUACGAGAAAUGAUGCACCCGACGAUGGCCGACCAGACCCUGCGGGCAGCGGCGCCCCUCGACUGUGGGGAUGGCUACCUGCCGGACGACGCCAAGCGCCCCGCGGACCCGCACGAGCUCCUCGACUCGGCAGACGACGAGGAGGACGGUGUUCCGCUGCCGCUGGCGCGACCCCCCAACCACGACCUCCGCGUUGACCUCACGCCCUCCCAAAGCUCAACGACGGUGGCGGCGCCGCCCGACGCGCCGCUCACGCCAGAAACGCAGUCCCCCGAGCCGCCGUUUGACCCGCAGUCAACGCCUGAGUGCGGACCCGAGCUGGAGGCGAGGCUCCGCGGGAGUGGAUGCGCGUGGCACGCGACCGGCGGCACGCGGCCCCGGCUGGCGCUGGUGGCGUGGCUGGCACUGCCACUCGUGCUCCUCUGGUGCCUGUUCGUGGCGCUCAUGGAGUGGGACUGGCCGCCGCUGUCGGACAUGCGGCGCCUGCCCGAACUGGUGCUCGUCAGGAGGCAGUACUACGAGCCGACCAAGGAGGCGCUGUUCGCGUGGAUCCGCGGCACCCCGGAGGAAACCUAGCGGGACUUCCGGGGUCACGGUCUUCGCCCGUGGAAGCGCGCGUUCCUCGUUUUGAGUCGCACGGCAAGCCUGUCGCGAACAAAAGCGCUCCGGUGCCAGGUCGGCGGGAGGCACCCUGGUGCCGAAUCGGCAGGAGGCACCGGGGUGCCGAACCAGCAUCUCGUCGGCGUACGGCGCUAGCUUUUCGUUACCUGCUCAGCGCAGAGGCGGUCCUCGCAAUGUCUCGGCGAGAGGAGACGCGCUCGCUUGCAUUUUUAGUUGUACCGCAUCAGGUUCGGCUUCUUUUAUGGCUUUUGUUCUUUUCGGCGGGAUUAGCUCCAAAGACGCCGAGGUCCAAGAGCGGUGGUGGAAGCUAUACUCCCUUUUUUUUUCUUUCUCGUUUCACUGUACUGCCACACAGCGCAGGUAUGCUCACGUACUGCCGAGUACAAAUGAAAUGCAUACGGCGAAGCACGGGACCUACGAUACGUACUGCGCUGCCUGGAGGCAACUAGGAGCUGAUAAAACUACUGGGUGAAAAGGUGGCCGCGAGGGCGCGCGCGUCUACGCCGACGGGUAUACCCUCAAAGCCCGUCUCCACUCUGCAGUUUUAUAGAUUCCUAGUUGCCUCUAGGAUGUGCAGCGUGUAUCGAAGACCACGCGCUCUGCUGUUCGCAUUUCAUUCGUAUCCGAUAGUACCUACUGCGCUUGCAUGCAGCAUGGGGGCCCCUGGGUAGUAUAGGCACGGGUGUACCGGUGCAGCUAUACAGGUAUACCGGUGCAGGCUGGAGAGGCAACUGCAGGUCUCGUGUGAAACGUUCACGGUGUAUGCCUAGAUAAUUUUUCGCGUGCAUUCCACGUUAAUUUCGUUCCCGCACAAACUGCGGCGGGUGGUCGCUCAUUUUCAUACUCCAGCACGUAUGCCAGUGGCCAAAGAUUGUUUCGUGAGAAGCACGAGGUUGUUUUGUUUUUUUUUCUCUCAUCCCAUUCAUUGCACUGGAGCGGCAAACGAGGCCGCUGGAAGGGGGAUUUAUUUGGCCCGCCAGAGUGCAAUAAAUGGAGGCCCUUAAAUCAUGCAGUGUCAUCGCUAGAAGUGUCCGUGUGCAGGAAGCUAUGCAAAACGCUUGGCUCAUGAUGUGUGUACUCUGCAUGUUUGUCAAAACACUUGACAAUGCCAAUAAGAUGAAAAAAAAAAAAAAAAAGCCGAGCGUGUUUAACGACUGACAUCUUUGCACCCUUCCAAUACUGGCGUAAUGUGUACGCGGUGGCUUCCUUCUGCGCUCAACUUGCGGUGACGAGUGAAAAAAAUGUCCUGUACAUCCCCUGUACCCAUCUGUAAUGCAGGGUAUGGUCUUCUCGCAUUUUUUGUUCGAGAAAGUGUGUACACAACCUUAUUGCAGUUUACUCUUGGUGGCAGUAAGAGAAAAGAAGAGUGUAUUUUAUUGAGGCUGAACACUUUUUUUUUUUUUCAUUGCAAACCAUCAAUAAUAAAGCCCAUGGAGAUCAAUUGCAA